AUGUUUGGCUACGAUGCUGGAGUUCUUGCGGGUGUACAAGACACAGAGCCCUUCCUUUCUGCAAUCGGCCAUCCUGAACAACGUUCGACCAUUAUCAUCCCGAUGGUGGCGUCAGCCUAUACCCUUGGUGCCUGGGUUAUGUCAAUGCUCGUGAGCUUCAUCGGUUCACCGAUGGGCCGGCGAAACUGCAUUAUGUAUGGAAAUAUACUCGUGAUUAUUGGAGGGACUUUGCAAGCAUCGACCUUCUCAGUCGCGCAGAUUAUUGUUGGCCGAGUCUUAUGUGGCUUUGGCAUCGGUUUCAUAUCGUCUACUGUUCCAACCUACAUGGCAGAGAUGAGUACCAAAGCCAAUGAUCACGGCCCUGAAGUCUGCUUUCAGCUAGCAGUGACUAUAUCUGGAGUUGCUCUCGCAGGAUGGGUAGAUUUCGGAUUCACGAGAAUGUCGAACCAAGCCUCCUGGAGAUUUCCCGUUGCGUUUCAGACAUUUUUUGGUAUAUUUUCCGCCAUCGGCAUGUUCUUCUUGCCUGAUACACCUCGCUGGUACUAUGUAAAAGGCCGUAUCGAAGAGGGUGACCGCGUACUUGCUGCACUUCACAACCUUCCGCUCGAAGAUGCACAUGUACAAGCACAAAAAAUUGCCAUCAUUGAGGCCAUUGAAUUUGAGACUUCCCAGAAGGCCUUCAAUCCAGCAACCUUGAUCUGGGACAAUACAGAACUUCAAGCUGGGCGUCGACUAAGGACUGCAUUUAUGGUUCUAUGUUUGCAGCAGCUGAUGGGAAUAAAUUUGCUCAUCUACUUUAGUACCAUUAUUUUCGGCCAAGUUGGUCUAUCUCCGUUCUUGUCUUCUCUCCUUGCCGCCGUCAUGAACAGCCUGUUUGCAAUAGGCACCUACUUCACACCCAGCACUGUCGAGAAAGGUGGGCGACGUGGGAUCAUGUUGUGGACAUCGAUGCUCUUGGCAAUCUUCAUGCUUAUCUUUGUGGUUAUGGUUAACCUGGGCGACAAAAAGUCCACGGCCACCCAGUGGACCGCCGUGGCUUCCGUUGUCGCAUGGAUGUUCUGCUUCGGAUUCGGAUGGGUCGGUAUUCCCUGGCUUUACGGACCGGAAAUUUCACCCCUUCGCUACAGGCAUUUGGGCGGGUCGUUUGGCGCCACCGGUGAAUGGAGUAUGACCUUCGUCACUGUGUUCGCUGGAGGUAUCGCCCUGCAGAGGGUGGGACCAAUAAUCUGGGUUUGGUUCCUAAUAUUCUGUUUCAUCACAGUACCCUAUGUCUAUUUCUGUUGUCCUGAGACUUCUGGAAAGACUUUGGAAGAAAUCGAUCUUAUUUUCAUGAAACAUCCACAGAUCCUGGCUCACAGAGACCCUGAGGGAGCAAUAGAUGCCGAAGACCCUACUCAUGAUAUGAAGAACACAUCCGCGAGCACUAUAGAAGAGGACGAACUCGUCGCGAUGAGGGAUUAA